AUGCAAGAACCCGUCUUGACUGUGUCUAUCACCACCCCGCAAUCGUGGGCGCAGCAAAAUGCCAUCAAGCGCCGACGGAUCCCUCGAUCACCGCGUCGCAAUGUCAUCUCUCUCAAGCACCUGGAUCCAAAGGUCAGGAGGGCCAAGGAAGAAUUCCUGUCGAAGGCCAUCGCCAGUCAACUGCAGAUUAAGAAGUCUCCCACCAAUGGACUCCAGCUUGAUCCUUUCCAAACCUUGCCAAUCCCAAGCACCGGAUGCGUGGGCAACAUGGCCCAAUAUUAUGUCCAGGUCUGGGCUCCGCAGCAUGGCACCGCCUUUGCGUUCGACGGCCAUUCUAAUCCUUACGUGAGCCUGCUCUGGCCUUUUGCGUUGACGUCUGAGAUCUACUUUGAAGGACUGAUCGCUCUAUGUCGAGCCACAUACCUCGCCACCUCGGGGCAGUCGGCUCGCGGCGACCGACACUUUGUAUGGCACCGAGGCAAUGUCAUGACCAAACUGCGCGCUCGACUCCAAAACCCUCAGCAAUGUUCGGACGAUACUACGAUCCUAGUCGUGGCGACAUUGGGCACGAUCGAUUAUAUUUUGGGAGACCACACGGGCGCCUAUGCGCACGUCUCCGGCAUGAGGCAGAUGAUGAAACUCAGGGGUGGAAUCAAGGGCACCUCGCCGUGGGAACGACUGCUCAAGGCCAAUGUCGAUGCCUAUGAGGCACUAUGGUCGUUUCUGUUUGCUGCAGAUUCUACCCCGGACAAGUCAACUCGGUAUUCGGGACAAAUUCUACAGAAUUCAGAGUUCCCCGUUUACAUGGCACAUCCGUUCAAACCGGAAGUUUGUGAGAUGCUGUCUAGGCUCCCCCAAGGCUUCUGUGAUAUUGGGUUGACGGGUGUGCUUUCGCUCCAAAUGAUCCGGCUCUUGUCCCAUUUCGCCACUGUCAAAGCGAAAUUGUCGGAUACGAUUCGAGUUGAAGAAUUCGGCGUUACCUCGAGAAGGAAGAUCCAAACGACACUCGAAGAUCUCCAUCGACUCGCUACCCUACAAACCACCCCUACGGAGAGGUUUCUCUCCCACGGCCUGGUAGCAUAUUGCUACCUGUUGAGGGUCAUCCAUUUCCAAGACCAUCUGACUGGCUUUUAUGAGACAGCGUUGAAAGCUCUAGCGGACAUUGCUCUGCACCAGACUCCCAGCCACAAGUCUCCGGAACGCCCGUGUUAUCUCUGGACCAACAUGAUGAUCGGAACCGUCAUACAACAUGGCCAGAUCCGUCCCCGUGGCUGGACGACGGUCAUGCGACAAUUUUUGGACAAGUACGGCGAGGCUCGCCAAUGGAAGAAGUUGGAAAAGGAGUUGAAAAUGUUCUUUUUCGAGGAUACCAUUCGCGACCUUGCGAAGGAGGCUUACGACGAGGCGGUUAGGAGGAAGGAAAGGGGAGAAUCCGAAGAGAGGGAUUCACGAAUCGCUACCAUGGCUAUUCGGAAUGUCAUCCUAUAA